AUGUACAGACAGUCGGCCCGUUCAAAAUGCUCUUUGUCAUCUGCUGUCACUGCGGCCAUUGGCACGAUCUGCCAUCGAGAAUGCGUGCGAAACUCACUUCGCCGAGCACAUCUUCAGUCGCCAAAGAGCAUAAGCUCUCCACUGACAAGGGUGAACCACGUGCUGGCCAAGAAUGUAUCGAUUCUAAAAUACGCAAAAAUAGUUCUUCAGGACAGUGUGUCGAUUCAUCAAGUACCGAAUCUCCUGCCUCUGCCGCAAGGUCUCAAUCUCCGACUACGGUGCAGUGCUGCUGGUGUAAUCAUCGCAUGGAUAGGUCAUGUUGCCAAGGAUGGACAACCAUAA